GCCUUUGCUGCAUUCAUUUCCGAAUGUUCGCCUGCAUGCUCUUCCGAAUUACGUCUCGCAUGCAUAUUAGCUAGCGACCAUGCGUCGUUUACGCAGCUGAAAUUGGCAAAUAUUGAUGUUCGCCGCUUCUGUCCGCAUCAGGAUGUUCCAGAAACGCCUGCGCAUUACGCACAAGUUAAAUUAUGAAUUUGUUGCAGGCGGACGUAUAUGGUGGUUCCGCUUUGUUAUGGACAGUCAGUGGAAGUGGCGCAUCAAGUUUGGCCUUGCUCCGCCCAGCCUUCCAGCUUGCCCAAAAGCUUCUUUUCGGAUAGAAGACGAUGGAGAACCCGGCCGCAAAUCCUUGCACCUAACAGACACUAAGUUCGUCGAGACGGUUGUGCCAGAUGUACCUUAUUACGAUAUGAUAUAUAGCGGGGUAGCUGGCAAGGCUGCCAACUGCCUUCAGUGGUCUUUGGGCGAUUGGGUGAUGCACGAGAAUCCCGUUCAUGUGGACCGCGAUGGCGCCCUACAUGUAACGAUGGAAAUGAUAUGCAAAAAUUGGUAGUUUGUUGUGGCACUUGUUUCUUGCAUCAGGAACAAGUGAACGGGCCAUUAUUGUUGAGCCAUACGAGCAAAAAUAU